AAUUGUCAUUCAUUGUCAAAGUAAGUGAGUGAAUAAUUCGUGUUACUUAUCCAGUGUUUUAUUAGCGAUAAAUUAAAUGAACAUCUGAAGAACGUACCCUGGACAAUGUUUAUAUCGAUAAGACUGUAUUCUGUUUACAUUAAUGCUUGAAUUGCAUAUUGCAAUUACGUUGUGAUUGUAGUCGUAAAGAUACAGUUAAAAUGACGCGACUGUUUUUCACGUUUUUUAUUUUAUAUACCGUAUUUAUUAAGGAUAGUUUGCUACUUUCGGUUGCCCAAGAACCUUUUUUGAAGACUCCGCAAUAUACAAACUACGAUGAUUUAGUGAAACUAUUCGAUGAGUUGGUUCAAAAUUACCCGGAACUGGCGAAAGUUUAUUCGAUCGGGAAAUCGGUUGAAGGACGUCGAUUGUUAGUUAUACAGAUUACCGAAGGUGUUAAGAGUACGCACCCUGAACGACCUGCUUUCAAAUAUGUCGCUAACAUGCACGGCGAUGAAUCUGUUGGAAGGCAGUUAAUGGUUUAUUUGGCGCAAUAUCUUUUAGUGAAUUACGGUAAAGAUGACAGAGUAACGAAAUUGGUUAACACCACAGAUAUACAUUUGAUGCCAUCGUUGAAUCCUGAUGGUUUUGAAAAGAGUAAGGAAGGGGAAUGUGAAUCAUUACAAGAAGGUGAUGGUCGUAACAACGCUAAAGGUGUUGACUUGAACAGGGACUUCCCCGAUCAGUUUGAUCGCAAUCGGUCCAAUGAUGAUGCAUAUCUGUAUGGAGGUAGACAACCGGAGACCACAGCACUCAUCCGCUGGGUGCUGAGCAAGCAGUUUGUGUUGUCUGGUAACCUUCAUGGUGGAGCUAUCGUUGCCAGCUAUCCAUAUGAUGAUUCAAGCACUGGCAAAGAAUGCUGUGAGGAAAGCCAGUCGCCUGAUGACGCACUAUUCAAGCAUCUUGCAGCAGUAUACGCGAGCAGACACGAGGACAUGAAGAAGGGCAACGCCUGCAAGCCGGAGACCUUCAAAGAUGGCAUCACGAACGGCGCGUUCUGGUACUCCGUGCCAGGUGGUAUGCAAGAUUUCAACUACGUAAACUCGAACUGUUUCGAAGUGACUUUCGAGUUGUCUUGCUGUAAGUACCCGCGCGCCGCUCAGCUGCCGCGCUUCUGGGAUUAUAUAUCACCAUCUCCAGUGACAGUGACAGUGUCGGAAGGUGACAUGGCGACUGUCAACUUGACUGUCAGCCGGCGACCGCGCGCCCUCGCCAUCGCGCGUAACAGGCACCCGCGUCACAACAUGGACGGCAUUUCUGCAGUUGACUUCGAGCACCAUGAUUACACCAAGAUGGAGAGCUUCCUGAAGACGCUGCAUGAGGAGUAUCCAGACAUCACCAGACUCACCAGCAUCGGGCAGUCUGUGGAGGGUAGAGAGUUGUACGUGCUAGAAGUUACUGCAGACCCGGGAAAACAUAUUCCAGGCAAACCGGAGUUCAAAUACGUGGCCAAUAUGCACGGUAAUGAGGUAGUUGGUCGAGAAAUGUUGCUAUUCCUGGCCAAAUACCUGUGCCAACAAUACACCAGCGGCGACAAGAGGAUCCAGAAGAUGCUGAACACCACCAGGAUACAUCUCUUACCCAGCAUGAACCCUGAUGGAUAUGAAAAGAGUAGAGAACGUGAUUUCGGCAGUAUAAUCGGCAGAGCGAACGCGCACGAUGUCGACCUCAACAGAAACUUUCCUGACCAGUUCGGACCUACUCAGGAUAACUCGUCACCGGAAGUGGAAACUUCAGCUGUAAUGCAAUGGUCUCAAUCGCUGCCGUUCGUGUUGUCGGCCAACCUGCACGGCGGCGCGCUCGUCGCCAACUACCCCUACGACGGCAACCCCGACAUGGCCAGCGGCGGGGAGUUCCUCACCCCCGAUAAUGGGGUGUUUGUGCAUUUAGCACAUGUCUACUCUAAUGCCCAUCAUAAGAUGCACUUGGGUCAGCCGUGCAAAGGAUCUCCCAACGAGAAGUUUCCAGAAGGAAUCGUUAAUGGCGCCAAAUGGUACGUGCUAUCAGGGGGUAUGCAGGAUUGGAAUUAUCUCCACACCAGCGAUAUGGAGCUGACGCUGGAGCUGGGCUGUUACAAGUUCCCUCCUGCUGCAGACCUGCCUACAUACUGGCAGGACAAUAAGGACGCGCUUCUAGAUUAUAUUGAACAGGUACAUAUAGGAGUGCACGGGUUUGUACAUAGUCAUAUUGGACACGCUCUACCCAAUACUACGAUAGCUGUCUCCGGUAUCAAACACGUUGUGAAAACAGCAAAAGAUGGAGAUUUCUGGAGAUUGCUACUGCCUGGGAAAUAUAACAUCACUGCUAGUAAAGAUGGAUAUGAAAGUGUAACAGAAGAAGUGACAGUUCCUACUGAAGGAUCUGUCAGUGUCAACUUUACUUUGAUGGUGGACGACCCCCAGCAUUGGUCCUCCGCGUACGACUUCCGAGUACUGGAGAAUAUAGUGAACACGAAGUACCACAGCGGCGUGGAAACGUACGCCGCGUUGGCGGAGCUGGAGAACAGGUUCCCAGAUGUAGCGGAGUUCAAAGCUGGGGAUGCUCUCAGUACUGCUGUAUUCCAUACUCUCAAGCUUACUGAUGAGGUUGGAUCACCAGAGGAGACUAAAUUCCGUAUCGCAAUAAUUAGCAACUUAUACGCGUCACAGGCUUUAGGCCAAGAGCUAUUGGUUAAUUUCGCCCGACACAUUACAACUGCAUACACAAUCGGAGAGCCAAUACAUCAGAAACUACUAAAAAAUACAGUAUUAAAUUUCAUACCCAAUAUAGAUCCGUUAUAUACAAAUAUAUUAAAACAUUACGAUAACACAGAUAAAUGCGAAAUAGAGGCGUUGGAAGAAGAAUUCGGUGAUAGUGUGUACAAUUACUUGACAAAGAAAAAUUUAAACCCAUUAUCAAAUUAUACACGUGAAAAAUCAUUUAUACAUCUAUUGGAAAUGGAGAAAUACGAUUUGAUAAUAGAAUUAUCUUCCGGUACACAAGAUGUGGCAUAUCCGGAAUUAUCUAAAGAGAUAUACGAACAGUUUGCUAGAAAAUUCCAAGAUAAUAGAACUCCUAGUGAAAGAUAUGAAUGCAGUGAGAAGAAUAAUCACAUAGUUCAUGGGAAUCUUGUAGAUUUGAUCUGUGAGAGGUUUAACACCCCCAUAGUGUCGUUGGGGUUGAGUUGUUGUAAGAUGCCAUCCCCUGACGUCAUCGGAUGGGUGUGGAGGGAGAACUUGCGCGGGAUUAUGAAGCUUGUAGAAGUAGCUAAUACAGCAAUUAACAUGGCGCGUCAUAGAGGGCGUUGUGAAACAAAAAGAUAUAGUGAUGCGUCGUCUGAACGCGGAUCAUCUGCCACAAGUUGCAGUCGACGAGCUGCCAUUGAGUGACGACCCUAAUACUAUUUAUAUCACAGGUCUAGCACUAGACUUGAGCAGCGUGCCGCUGUCGGACGCGCGCGUGUCGCUGUACCCGCUGUCGCAGCAGCUGCUGCAGCCGCGGCCGCCGCCGCCGCCGCUGGCCAGCAGCAGCAGCGACAGCGCGGGCCGCUUCCUGCUGGCGCUGCCCGUCACCUACACCGGCAGGGAGGUCGCGCUGGCAGUCGCUAAGGACGGCUAUAUACCCAGUACUAGACAUAUCAAGAUAAAUAGUGACAGCAAAGUGACUCCGAACGUGUUAUUCAAGUUAGAGCGAGAUGACACCGUGCUCGGUUUACCAAGGCUCGUUUUUGUCAUGCUUGCCGGUGCUGUUGGCGUGUUGUUAGUGUUGUGCGCGGCGUGGUGCUUCGGUUGUCGUCAACGAGCGCGCGAUACCAGACGCAACUACCUCUUCUCACAACUACCGCCUGACGACAAGCAGCCGCUUUGCGCUACAGCUUCAUACGAUUUGAUACAAAAGCCGUAUUACGAUGAUGACGACAUCCCGCCCUCGGAGACUGACUCCGAAGACGAAAUAGUUCUACUGCGCUCCGACCGUGAAUGGAAGCCUGUAGAACAACACGACCACUGACCGCUGACACCUGCUUACGUAACAGUUGUACAUGCACACAGCUCACAGUAAUUUGAUCAUGCACGAACUUCCAAAAGACAAAAAAUUACCUGUCAAUGUCAAGUUUUUCAAAUUAUACUUCGUGCAUAGAAUAAAUAACAGAUAGACCAAUCUGAUGUCGAAAAGUAUACUUCAUCUAUGAUUUUAAAAAAUGUAUUUUUUAAAAAACGUUUCAAAUACGUUUACUUGAUAAUGUAAUGAUUAAUAUUUAAUUAAUAUUGCGUUUAUAAAUAUUUUAUAUGGAUGUAUGUUAUAUCAACAUUUGCUCCUUACAGGGUAUCGUAAUGAUAUUUAAAAAAGAAAACAUAUUUGUGGUAUUAAUACGUAAAAAUAUAUUUAUUCAUUACAUUUUACGAUUAAUUUGAUAAACAAAUUCUAUUUACAUUGACUAAAAAUUUGUUAUUUUGACACUUCCUGUCAAAUUACUAAUUUUGGCGCCAAUUAUUAAACUUAAUGUAUAGAAUCUAUUUCCUGUUUAUCAAUAUGUGAUAUAUCUAUCUAUUUUUAUCAAUUCUGUGCAAUUUAAACGUUCAAAUAUUACAUUUAGUUUAAUGUGUAAUUAAGAAAUAAUUAAUUAAGCUUUACUUUUGUCUGACAUUACGCACGUUCGGAUACACGCAUUUAUACAUUACAUUUAAAACAAAUAAUUUUACAAAAAAAAAAGUAUAUUGUUUUUUAAAUUGACAAUUCUGUAUUUUUCUAUAUUUAUUGAGAAAAAUAGAUCUCUUCCAUAAUAUACAGUAUUAGAUUUGUUUAUCCAUAUAAUUGGCAAAGUAAGUUGUAUUUUUAUAGUAUUUAUACACAUUUUAAAAUAUAUGAAAUAAAUUAAUUAAAUAUCUCCAUUUUCAACUUAAUAAAAUUUCAUCUCUACAUUCCUUUAUGCAUUUUAUAUACUUCCUACUUAUUUUAAUUUUAAUUCUUAUAAUAAGUUUAGUUUUAUGUUUAAAAAUUAACAUCUAUAAAACUUUAAUAUUUGCAACAUGCUACGUAAUUUUUUCAAUACUAAUCGAUAAAAAAGUACAGGUUUUUGGCACAGUCAGUAUCAGUAAUAACCGAAAAAACUAGAAUAAACGCAUUCUAGUUUUCUAAAAAUUGUUCGUCUGAAUGCAUAUUUUAAUAGAACAUUAAUUUUUAUUUUAUCAUUAAAAUAAAAUGUAUAUUCGUAACUCAAUUUAAAAUAUAUACAAGUAUUUGAAAAAGAAUCUCCAAUAUUUAUAAAUUGAAUUAUACAAAAGUAUUUUAAAAAAUGUAUUUACACUUUAUGAAAAUUAUACAAAUUAUUGGUGCUCUUUGAAUGUGACUCGUUUUUUAAAUAUACAAAUGUUGUGAUAAUUCUGUAUUAGUUGAAUAUACACUUUGAUAAAAUAAAUAUGUUAGAUU